AUGGGGUAUGCAAGUACACAAAAGGGAUAUAGACUGUAUGACAUUGAACACAGGACACUCUUUAUUAUCAUAGAUGUAGAUGUAUAUCCAUUUCAAGGCUUCACUCAAGAUUCUUCCUUUUCUAUAAACGAGUUUCAGAGGUUUGACUAUCCUUCUGAUCAACCUCCUAUUGUUCUACCUUCCAGUGGUAGAGAAAGGGAUAACUUAGUUCCACCUGCAUCUCCUACAAUUGUUGAAUCUGAUCCUAGAAGCACUAACUCAUCACCAGCUACUUUUAUAUUGCCACGUGUAGAAGAAGCAAUUGUUAAAAAUCAUGAAGGACAUACAAAUAAUACUGGGGAGUUGAGAAGAUCAGGCAGAACUACUAAGCCUCCUAUUUGUCUUAAGAAUUACAUUGGACCACAACAGAAGUCCAAUUCUUCCACUGCAGUUCAUUGUCAAUAUUCUAUUGGUGAUUUUGUUCAGUAUAAAGGAUUAUCAGCCUACAUCACUCAGUUGUCUACUGAGAUUGAUCCAAGUUCUUAUCAUGAAGCAGCUAAGGAUGCGAAGUGGAUUGAUGCUAUGAAAGUAGAGAUACAAGCAUUAGAGGACAAUAAAACAUGGGAGGUAGUGCCAUUGCCUCCAAACAAAAGGGCAAUUAGAUGCAAAUGGGUGUACAAAAUCAAGUACACAUCCAGUAGGGAAGUUGAAAAAUAUAUGGCUCGAUUAGUGGCUAAAGGGUACAGUCAAAAGGAGGGACUGGAUUAUCAAGAAACGUUUUCACCUGUAGUAAAGAUGGUUACUGCCAGGUCUUUUGUAGCCAUAGCAGCAACCAAAUGUUGGACUCUCUAUCAAAUGGAUGUUUACAAUGCCUUUUUGCAAGGAGACUUGGAGGAAGAAGUGUACAUGACUUUACCUCAAGGCUUCUCUCAUCAACAAGGGAAGACACAUGUGUGCAGGUUACUUAAGUCACUCUGUGGAAUUAAGCAAGCUUCGAGGCAAUGGAACAUUAAACUAACCACAACAAUUCUUAAUUCAGGAUUCAAGCAGAGCCAUUUUGGCUAUUCCCUGUUCACUAAGAGACAAGACUCUCAUAUUAGAAAGUAUGCUCUUGAGCUCAUCUCAGAUAUUGGCCUGGGAGGAUCUAAACCAGUUCAUGCUCCUGUUGAGCUAAAUCAGAAACUUACCUCAGUGACUUAUGAUGCUCAUCUUGGUCUUAAGGAUGAUUGUUUGCUUGAAGAUCCUGGUACCUAUCAAAGACUGGUUGGCAGACUUCUUUAUUUGACGAUUACAAGGCCAGGCAUCUCUUUUGCUAUGCAGUGCUUAAGUCAGUUCAUGCAAGCCCCCAAGAAUUCUCACAUGGAGGCUGUUCUUAGGGUGGUUAGGUACAUCAAACAAAGUACAGGUCUUGGGAUUCUUAUGUCGGCUACUGUAUCUACACACUUGAAGGCUUAUUGUGAUGCUGGUUGGAUAGCAUGUCCUAAUACCAGGAAAUCAGUCACUGGUUACUUGGUACAGUUUGGUGAUUCCCUCAUUUCAUAG